CGCCCAUGGCGGCCGCGGGGCGGCUGUGCCUGCUCUACCUGUCGGCGGGGCUCCUGCCCCAGCUAGGCGCAGCCUUCAACUUGGACACCCGCGAGGACAAUGUGAUCCGGAAAACGGGGGACCCCGGGAGCCUCUUCGGCUUCUCUCUGGCCAUGCACUGGCAGCUGCAGCCCGAGGACAAGCGGCUGUUGCUCGUGGGGGCUCCCCGGGCAGAAGCACUUCCGCUGCAGAAGGCCAACAGGACAGGAGGCCUGUAUAGCUGCGACAUCACCUCCCGGGGGCCAUGCACGCGUAUUGAAUUUGAUAACGACGCUGACCCUAUGUCGGAAAGCAAGGAAGAUCAGUGGAUGGGAGUCACCGUACAAAGUCAAGGUCCAGGAGGCAAAGUUGUGACGUGUGCUCAUCGUUACGAAAAAAGGCAACAUGUUAAUACGAAGCAGGAGUCCCGAGACAUCUUUGGGAGGUGUUAUGUCCUGAGCCAAAAUCUCAGGAUUGAAGAUGACAUGGAUGGGGGAGACUGGAGCUUUUGUGAUGGCCGACUGAGAGGUCAUGAAAAAUUUGGCUCUUGCCAGCAAGGUGUAGCAGCCACUUUUACUAAAGACUUUCAUUACAUUGUAUUUGGAGCCCCAGGCACUUAUAAUUGGAAAGGGAUUGUUCGUGUAGAGCAAAAGAAUAACACUUUUUUUGACAUGAACAUCUUUGAAGAUGGGCCUUAUGAAGUUGGUGGAGAGACUGAGCAUGAUGAAAGUCUUGUUCCUGUUCCUGCUAACAGUUACUUAGGCUUUUCUUUGGACUCAGGGAAAGGUAUUGUUUCUAAAGAUGAAAUCACUUUUGUAUCUGGUGCUCCAAGAGCCAAUCACAGUGGAGCUGUGGUUUUGCUAAAAAGAGAUAUGAAGUCUGCACAUCUCCUUCCUGAGCACAUAUUUGAUGGGGAAGGUCUGGCCUCUUCAUUUGGCUAUGACGUGGCUGUGGUGGACCUCAACAAAGAUGGGUGGCAAGAUAUAGUUAUUGGAGCCCCACAGUAUUUUGAUAGAGAUGGAGAAGUUGGAGGUGCAGUAUAUGUCUACAUGAACCAGCAAGGCAGAUGGAAUAAUGUCAAGCCAAUUCGUCUUAAUGGAACCAAAGAUUCUAUGUUUGGUAUUGCAGUCAAAAAUAUUGGAGAUAUUAAUCAAGAUGGAUACCCAGAUAUUGCAGUUGGCGCUCCCUAUGAUGACAUGGGAAAAGUUUUUAUCUAUCAUGGAUCCGCAAAUGGAAUAAAUACUAAACCAACACAGGUUCUCGAGGGCACAUCACCUUACUUUGGAUAUUCGAUUGCGGGAAAUAUGGACCUUGAUCGAAAUUCCUACCCUGAUGUUGCUGUUGGUUCCCUCUCAGAUUCAGUGACUGUUUUCAGAUCCCGGCCUGUGAUUAAUAUUCAGAAAACCAUCACCGUCACUCCUAACAAAAUCGACCUCCGCCAAAAAACAGCAUGUGGGGCACCUAGUGGAAUAUGCCUCAAGGUUAAAGCCUGUUUUGAAUAUUCUGCCAAACCCGCUGGUUAUAAUCCUUCAAUAUCAAUCAUGGGCACAAUUGAAGCCGAAAAAGAAAGAAGAAAAUCUGGGCUGUCGUCAAGGGUUCACUUUCGAAACCAAGGUUCUGAGCCCAGAUAUACUCGAGAACUAACUCUGAAUAGGCAGAUGCAGAAAAUGUGCAUGGAGGAAACCCUCUGGCUACAGGAAAAUAUCAGAGAUAAACUGCGUCCCAUUCCCAUAACUGCCUCGGUAGAGAUCCAAGAGCCAACCUCUCGUAGGCGAGUGAAUUCACUUCCAGAAGUUCUUCCCAUUCUGAAUUCGAAUGAAGCCAAGACCGUUCAUACUGAUGUGCACUUCUUAAAAGAAGGAUGUGGAGCCGACAAUGUAUGUAAUAGCAACCUUAAACUAGAAUAUAAAUUUUGUACCCGAGAAGGAAAUCAAGACAAAUUUUCUUAUUUACCAAUUCAAAAAGGUGUGCCAGAACUAGUCCUAAAAGACCAGAAGGAUAUUGCUUUAGAAAUUACAGUAACAAACAGCCCUUCCAAUCCAAGAAAUCCCACAAAAGAUGGUGAUGACGCCCAUGAAGCUAAGCUCAUUGCCACUUUUCCAGACACUUUGACUUAUUCUGCAUAUCGAGAACUGAAGGCUUUCCCUGAGAAACAGUUGAGUUGUGUUGCCAACCAGAAUGGCUCACAAGCAGACUGUGAGCUUGGAAACCCUUUUAAAAGAAAUUCCAGUGUUAUUUUUUAUUUGAUUUUAAGUACAACUGAGGUCACCUUUGACACCAAAGAUCUGGAUAUUAAUCUGAAGUUGGAAACAACAAGCAAUCAAGAUAAUUUGGCUUCAAUUACAGCAAAAGCAAAAGUGGUUAUUGAACUGCUUUUAUCGGUCUCCGGAGUUGCCAAACCUUCCCAGGUGUAUUUUGGAGGUUCAGUUGUUGGUGAGCAAGCCAUGAAAUCUGAAGAUGAUGUGGGAAGUUUAAUCGAGUAUGAAUUCAGGGUAAUUAACUUAGGUAAACCUCUUAAAAACCUCGGCACAGCAACCUUGAAUAUUCAGUGGCCCAAAGAAAUUAGCAAUGGCAAAUGGUUGCUUUAUUUGGUGAAAGUCGAAGCUAAAGGAUUGGAAAAGAUAGCUUGUGAGUCACAAAGUGAGAUAAACCCUUUGAACUUAAAGGAAUCUCACAACUCAAGAAAGAAGCGGGAAAUUGCCGAGAAACAGAUAGAUGACAGCAGAAAAUUUUCUUUAUUUGCUGAAAGAAAAUACCAGACCCUUAACUGUAGCGUGAACGUGAACUGUCGGAAUAUCAGGUGCCCUCUGCGAGGGCUGGACAGCAAGGCCUCUCUUGUUUUGCGCUCAAGGCUAUGGAACAGCACGUUUUUAGAGGAAUAUUCCAAAUUGAACUACUUGGACAUUCUUGUGCGGGCUUCCAUUGAUGUGACUGCUGCCGCCGAAAAUAUCAAGCUGCCCAACGCAGGCACUCAGGUUCGUGUGACUGUGUUUCCCUCAAAGACUGUAGCUCAAUAUUCAGGAGUACCUUGGUGGAUUAUUCUAGUGGCUAUUCUUGCUGGGAUUUUGAUGCUUUCCCUAUUAGUAUUUUUACUAUGGAAGUGUGGUUUCUUCAAGAGAAAUAAGAAAAAUCAUUAUGAUGCCACAUAUCACAAGGCUGAGAUCCAUGCUCAGCCGUCUGAUAAAGAGAGGCUUACUUCUGAUGCGUAGUAUUGAUCUACUUCUGUAAUUGUGUGGAUUCUUUAAACGCUCUAGGUACGAUGAUAGUGUUCCCCGAUACCAUGCUGUAAGGAUCCGGAAAGAAGAGCGAGAGAUCAAAGAUGAAAAACAUAAUGAUAACCUUGAAAAAAAACAGUGGAUCACAAAGUGGAAUGAAAAUGAAAGCUACUCAUAGGAGGGCC